AUGGCCUUACAUGAGAGGAUGCUUGUUGAGCAACUCUCAUUGGUAAUAUUAAUGGUGGGAGUGUAUGUGAUGUUAGGGUCUGUAAUUACAACAACAGUAGCACAAGCCUUGCCUCAAGCCCUGCCUGGCUGCCCAGACAAGUGUGGGAAUCUCACAAUCCCAUACCCUUUUGGAAUUGGUGUUAAUUGUCACAUGGCAGGCUUUCCCAUCAUUUGCAACACAUCCACCGAACCCCCAACAGCACUCUGGGGCAACAUCAUUGUCACUGCCUUUUCCCUUGAUGAGGCUGAGAUGCAGGGACUGCAGUACAUAGCCCGAGAUUGUUACGACAAGCAGGGUAACAACACGUACAACAACGACCCUUGGCUCCGUCUGCCGCCUCCUUUCACCAUCUCCGACACCAAAAACAAGUUCAUUGCUGUUGGUUGUGACACGUACGCACUUUUCAAAGGUUUUCGCGGUGAAGAAAGGUACAUAACGGGGUGCAUAUCCUCUUGUGACAGCCUAGGCAGCGUGGAUCAGGACUCUUGCUCCGGCGUUGGAUGCUGCCAAACGAACAUCCCCAGUGGGAUGAAAAAUCGCACCGUGGAAUUGACAAGCUACAACAACCAUUUGGAUAUAUGGGGCUUUAACCCCUGCAGCUACGCCUUUAUUGUUGAAGAAGGCGAGUUCAAAUUCUCCAAUAAAACUUUUCAACAACUUGAUAGCUUGGAAAAUGUUCCAAUGAUUUUUAAUUGGGCAAUUGGGGUUGAGGAAGACCCAUGUGAUGAAGCUCAAAAGAGGCAGGACUAUGUAUGCAGGGGAAAUAGCACGUGUGUCAACCCCAUCAAUCGGUCUGAUAUUGAUGAAUGCAGCUUGCCAAAUAUUAAUCCCUGCACUAAUGGAACGUGCUCCAAUUUACCUGGAAGUCACACUUGUUUAUGCCCCACAGGGUACACAAUCGGCAGCGUGAAUGGAACUAGUUGCUUAAAAAACCCUCCUACAUCAAAUAAUAAUUCCCUGAAAAUUUCAGUAGGAGUCAUUGCGGCCUUCUUUGUUCUACUGGUUGUAUUUUUUUGCCUGUACUGCGGAAUGAAGAGAAGACAGUUCAAGAAACAACAAGACAAGUUCUUUAAACAAAAUGGUGGCUUAUUUUUACGGCAACAGCUGGCUAGUUACAAUGGAUCCGUUGAUGCAGCCACAAUCUUUACUGAAGAAGAACUAAGGAAGGCCACAAACAAUUACAAUGAAGAGAGAAAAAUUGGUGAAGGUGGCUAUGGAGUAGUUUACAACGGAAAUUUGUCCGCAGAUCAUCAUAACAAAGUGGUGGCCAUAAAAAAGUCCAAAGUCAGUGCCCCAAUUACCGAGACUCAGAGUCUAGAGUUUGUAAACGAGGUUAUUGUUCUUUCCCAAAUCCACCAUAAAAAUGUUGUGAGGCUCCUUGGCUGUUGUUUAGAGACUCAAACGCCUAUACUGGUUUACGAGUACAUUUCCCAUGGCACUCUUCAUGAUCACAUUCAUAGAAAAGACAAUUUAAAUCCUAGUUUUCCAUUGGACUUGCGGUUGAAGAUAGCAGCAGAUACUGCAGAAGCACUCUCAUACUUGCACCACUACACUGAGCCCCCAAUUAUACACCGAGAUGUUAAAUCAAUGAACAUACUACUAGACCAGAAGUACACCGCAAAAGUUGGGGACUUUGGAGCUUCAAAAUUGGUUCCGGAUCAAGAUGUAGGCCAACUAUCAACUUUGGUGCAAGGGACACUCGGAUACUUGGACCCUGAAUAUCCUCAGUCCCACAUACUAACAGCAAAGAGUGAUGUGUAUAGCUUCGGAGUUGUCCUGGUGGAGCUAAUCACAAGCCAGAAGGCAUUAUCCUCAAACAAAAAGUCCGAGGUUGACAGAAACCUAGCAAACGUCUUUGUCCGCGCAAUGGAGGGGGGCUUCUUGGAUGAAAUUCUUGAUGCUGAAAUAGCCAAGGAAGGGGAAGGGUUUGAGAAAGUCGUUGAAACAGUGGCGGAUCUGGCAAAUAGAUGUUUAAAGUUAAGAGGGGAGGAAAGGCCGUCGAUGAAAGAAGUAGCGGUGGAGCUCGGGGGAUUAUUAAAAAUUAUGGGGAAGGCUGAUUUCAAACGAUCUCCCCAGGAGACCGACCACUUGCUUGGGUCACCUGCUAAUUUCGUUGCUGAUAUAAGUAGUGCAGAGUACGAUCAGAGCAUGCAAACUCAACACAUCCAAAUGGUAAAGCCUUAUGGUGAUGGCCGAUAG